AUGGCAGCUGGUAAAGUCGUUGAGAAGAUGCUGACCGACAAUAUUUUCGUUCAACAUUCGGAUAAUCUGCCAGAAACAUCACUGCAAAGCUCAAAUCAAGACUAUGUCAAACCCCAGGAUGAUUUGGAUGCACAGGAAACUGUCAAGUUCCAAGAAAUUGUACCUUUGAAUGUCGGGAAUAUUUUGGUCCGUGAGAAUACUUAUGUUUCAAUGAAGUGGGAAUCUCUAAUUAGAGGAGCUCUCAACAAGAAAACGGUAAAGGACAAAAGAAUACAAAAGGCAGAAGUUGGGGAGGUGCAAAGAAUUUAUCCCCUGAAGACAAUUGGCUCCAAUAAUUCAAGUGCUCAAGAUUAUGAGUGCAUUAUAAGUAAACAAAUGGUGGGAAUUUAUAUCACCGUGUGGGUCCGGACCGAACUGCAAGGCUAUAUAAGCCAUUUGAGCGUCUCAUGUGUCGGCUGUGGCAUCUUGGGGCGCCUGAAAAAUAAGGGUUCAGUUUCCAUCAGAUUUUGCCUGCGUGAAACGAGCUUCUGCUUCGUGUGCUGUCAUUUAGCUUCGGGUGGUAAAGAAGGAGACGAGAGAUACAGAAAUGCAGAUGCAGGACAUAUAUUGGCACACACACUUUUUCCAGUCGAACCCCUCCAUCAUCUGCCAAGGAAAAUCCUUGACCACGAUCGGGUGAUUUGGCUAGGGGAUCUGAAUUACAGGAUUUACCUGCCCGAGGCUACUACAAGAUCGUUGGUGAAGAAUAAAGAGUGGAGCAUCUUAUUAGAAAAUGAUCAGCUGAAAGCUGAGCUGACGAAAGACCAUGUCUUUGAGGGUUGGCAUGAAAAAAAAAUCAACUUUGCACCCACGUACAAGUAUCAUCAGAACUCGGACGACUAUUAUGGAUCCAAUCAAAAAACUGAAGCACAGAGGAUGAGGGCCCCAGCAUGGUGUGAUAGGAUAAUUUGGCACGGGGAAGGUUUAAAGCAGAUUCAGUACGAGAGAGUCGAGUCUCGAUUAUCUGAUCAUAGACCCGUUCGAGCGAUUUUCGAAGCAUAUGUUUCGAGUAUCCUUGAAGUUUGA